UCCCCCUGGAGCCUCACUGGGUGCAGUUCGGGGACGCUCCAGGGCGGAGGGCCGCGGGCGGGCUUCUGCCUACGUGGCUCCCUCCGAGGGUGCCCCCAGGCUGGGCGCUCUUCAGCACCGCCCCGGGAGGUAGGUGCCCAGAUCGCCCCCAUUUUACACACGGGGAAGUUGAGGCAGGAGAUGCCAUGUCAGGGCCAGAGCAUCAGCAAUCCCAGGCCCUUACCAAGCCGGCAUUCAGUGAGCUCCAAGCCUCUGCUCUGGUGGAGUCAGUGUUUGGGUUAAAGGUGACCAAGAUCCAGCCUCUUCCCAGUUAUGACGAUCAGAACUUCCACGUGUAUGUUCUAAGGACCAUUGAAACGAGUGGCGGCCCUCUUGAGUAUGUUCUCAAAGUGAACAACACUGAAUCCAGCAAGAACACCGACCUGGUUGAGGUGCAGAGCCACAUCAUGAUGUUUCUGAAGGCAGAAGGCUUUCCAACAGCCACUGUGCAUCCUACUAAAGGAGGCAGCCUGACCUCUCUGAUGUCCAUAGACAGCGGCUCUGAGACCAAAAAUUACAUGGUGAGGCUGUUUACUUACCUGCCAGGAAGACCCAUAGCCCAGGUUCCUGUCACGCCAAAGCUCUUGUACGAAGUUGGCAAGCUAGCGGCCCAGAUGGAUAGACGUCUGGAGAAAUUCUACCAUCCAAAGAUAAGCAGCCUGCAUCGGGGGGACUUCAUCUGGAACCUGAGAAAUGUUCCUCUUCUAGAAAAAUAUAUUCAUGCCUUGGGCCAAAGCAAAAAUCGAGAGAUGGUAGACUGGGUGCUCAAACGCUUCAAGGAUGAGAUUGUGACAAAGUUAAGCCAUUUUCGGGAAUGCAUCAAUCAUGGGGACCUGAAUGGCUACAACAUCUUGGUGGAGGCUAGCAGUGAGGCUUCCGGAGACCCAGCAUAUCGUGUGUCUGGAGUCCUGGACUUUGAGGACAUGAGCCAAGGCUACUACGUGUUCGAGUUAGCCAUCACCAUCAUGUACAUGAUGAUCGAGAGCAAGGACUCCCUGGCCGCAGGUGGACACGUGCUGGCUGGCUUCGAGAGUGUCAUCCCGCUGACAGCUGAAGAAAGGGGGGCUCUCUUUUUACUGGUGAGCAGUCGGUUUUCUCAGUCGCUCGUGAUGGCUGCCUAUACAUGCCAGCUCUACCCUGAGAACGAAGACUAUCUCAUGAUCACUGCCAAAACAGGCUGGAAGCACCUGCAGAACCUGCUCAGUAUGGGUCAGAAGGCCGUGGAGGACAUCUGGUUUGAGACUGCCAAGUCCUACAUGGCAGUGCCAUCCUAGAAACAUCACCAUGAAUGAGAACACCUGAGGGUGCUAUGCAAACACCACUUAUUAACUGUCACUAUUGGUAUUCAUAAUGAGGGCAGCUCACUUUUCUAUUAUCUUACGGUUUAUAAAACAGGCUGGGAAUUAUGACUGAGCCUGACUUUUCAUGUAGUUUCAUGACAUUAUGAGAUAUGAGUUAAUUGAAAUGAUUAAUUUUUAUAUUAAUAACAAUGCCACUGGACCCAAGGUAUCUGUGGAAUUCUCACAUAAUCUAAUUGUCAUGAGAUUGAAGUUAGAAAGUACUGCAUGAGGAGGAAGGAGCUUCCCUAACGCCAGUGAUGUGACCCUCAGCCAGGCAGUGAGCUCCCUCUUGAACAAAAUGGGGGCGAUACCACCAUGUCUGCCUAAAGGCAGGGGGUGUUUGUAGUUGCUUCCUGCUCUGAAAUCUGGAACUCUGUCUUAACUGUGAAAAGAACAGUAGUGUUACCUCCAUUUAAAAAAUAAAAAACUGACUGCAUGAGUCAAUGUCUAGAAUUUUCAGGAGAAAGACCAGGGAAGACAUGGCACACGGUACCAUCUCUGUUCAUUUGAUCACAUGAGACAAAGCCUGGACCAGAAGGAAGGGAAAGGAAAUGUUUUGGUGACUAGAACUAGUGAGAGGAAGAAAGAACAUCAUCACUAGAAGGUCAGCACAUACAGCCAUGGGAGAAGCCUUCCCUUACUCCCAGUGUCCCAAGCACAGUGGUCUAUGAAAGGGCUUAGACCCCGAUAAAAAUAUCAAGGAGCCAGACUGGACUUCAUCCGUGUGGAAGUUCUAUCCACUGACACAUUGCCACCCACCCCUGAGGACAGUAACAAGUACCUUGCCCUCUGUUGAUGAAUUUCUCUGUGCUGAGCUAGACCUGCUGUGAGACAACAAAUCCGGUCUCUCGAUGGGCUGUCCACAAAGCCUUUCCAGCCUGAUAGGUCCUUCCAGAGCAUUCCCCCAACCAAGCCUUUGAGAAGCCAAGGUCAUUGCUGCCCUCAUCAGGCGCUGGGAAAGGCUACUGUCCAGGGAAACGUUGGCUCAUGUUUCUCUAACACUUUACAGUUUACCAGGCAUUUUCUUCCACUACUUGAAGGUAGUAGAAGUGUUAGCCCCUUUUUCCAAAUGAGAUGUGAAAUGACUUCCCUCCAUUCAGACAGCCUGUACGUGGCAGUGCUGAUGCCAAAACCAGGACUUCUGACUCCAAAUCCUGGGUUUUCCCCAUCACACUGCUGUUGCUUUUCUAUAAGGAAAAACCAUGUAUGCGCAUUUACUUUUACAUGGUUUUUUGGUUUGUUUUUUUGCAAGUGAGCUCUGGACUAUAUAUCCAUUUUUCCAUGUGUAACAGGGAAGCUGGGACUGGCCAAUCAGAGUCCAGUCCUCAUAAGCAUCCUCCACCUGGCAGUGCCCACGUGGAGAGAUGGCUAGAGGCUUCAUGUAGAAGUUGGUGCUUAAGCUGCAUCUCGAGGGAAGAGAGGGCUUCUGUAAGGUAGGUGUGAGGGAGGAGGACAUUCCAGGCAUACAGAGGCACAGAGAUGAGGAGCACACACAGGAGCGGUUUCUCAUGUGCUUACAGUGAAGCAGAGGAGUCUUUCUGUUGUCUCCUGAGCUGGAACUGAGAACAAUUGCUUUUGUAAGGCCCCAGACUGGUCAUUUGAUCUCUCCUUUCUCCCUGGCUGUGGUGGAGGGCAGAAGACAGGCUGGAAGCCUCGGGGUGAGGAGAGAAGCCUUAACAGACACAUGGUUCUGUUCUCUGUCUCUCUGCCUUUCCUUUCUCCUGCUCUUAGGAGAAGGACUGGUUACAACAUUGUAAAUUCUGGGAUGUCAGGAGAGUGAGCCUCCCAGAGUUUAUAAUCUACCAGCAUAGCCCCAAGGAAUGACUAGGAUCUAGCCCAGCUAUAGACUGACCACAGCUAAGAGGCUUAGGCCUACAAAAGGGAGAGAAUCCAGCAGGUAGGCUGCAUCUGGAAGGGAACUUAACGGGGUGAAGGCUUUGUAGAAACUGCUUCAGGUCUGAGUCUCCUCUUCCCCAGACUGAGGUGGUAGGGAGCAAAUGUACCCUAGGUUUGUACCACUGUUCAUGCCAUGUCUUCUCAGGAAAUAUCCCUUUGUAAAAAUGAAUUCAUUUCAAUUGGUUAAAUAACACUGGUUCUAAUCACCCCUGGCAGUCAUCACUGGGGAAAACACACUAGAAUGGGAACUCAAGCUGAUGGCAAUGGAGAAGUACCCCAAUUAAUACUAUUAAUUAAUUGAUAAAUUUUUCUUUUCUUUAAAAAAAAUCUUUGUUAUAAAUAAUUCUUUGCUGUAAACCUGA